CAAACCUUCUACAAAGAAACAUUAAGUAUCUAGUCUAGUAUACAAAGAUGGAGAUCCCUGUGAUAGAUUUUAGUAACCUCAAUGGGGACAAGAGGGGUGACACAAUGGCCCUAUUGCACGAAGCUUGUGAAAAAUGGGGCUGCUUUAUGGUUGAGAACCAUGAAAUUGACACACAACUGAUGGAGAAGUUGAAGCAGUUAAUCAAUACAUACUAUGAGGAAGACCUAAAGGAAAGCUUCUACCAGUCUGAGAUAGCCAAGAGGUUGGAGAAAGAGCAGAACACCUCUGAUAUAGAUUGGGAAAUUACCUUCUUCAUUUGGCAUCGCCCCACCUCUAACAUCAAUGAAAUUCCAAACAUCUCUCGGGAGCUUUGCCAAACAAUGGAUGAGUACAUUGCACAGCUCCUGAAGCUGGGAGAGAAGUUAUCUGAGCUCAUGAGUGAAAAUCUUGGUUUGGAGAAGGAUUACAUCAAGAAAGCAUUUUCUGGAAGUGGUGAGGGUCCUGCUGUGGGAACAAAAGUGGCCAAGUACCCUCAGUGUCCACGUCCAGAACUUGUGAGGGGACUUAGAGAGCACACAGAUGCGGGUGGCAUCAUUCUACUGCUCCAAGAUGACAAAGUGCCUGGUCUGGAAUUCUUCAAAGAUGGCAAAUGGGUCGAGAUUCCACCACCCAAGAACAAUGCCGUUUUUGUGAACACGGGUGAUCAAGUGGAAGUGUUGAGCAAUGGCUUAUAUAAAAGUGUUGUGCAUAGGGUCAUGCCUGACAAUAGUGGAAGCAGAACCUCCAUUGCUACCUUUUAUAAUCCCAUUGGAGAUGCCAUUAUUUCCCCAGCUCCUAAGCUCUUGUACCCAAGCAAUUUCCGUUAUGGGGACUAUUUGAAGCUCUAUGGCAGCACCAAGUUCGGUGAAAAGGCUCCUCGAUUUGAAUGCAUGAAGAACAUGACCAAUGGCCAUAAAAAUAUUCCAGCUUGAGACUCAGAAGACUUGGAAGAACGUCGCAUUAUUACCCUUGCUUGGGAUAGCUAAACUUACAAGUUAUUAUUAUGUUUACAUUUGGAAUGGUAAUAUUUCUUUUUU